CAAGCGCAGAGAAGCAAAGCAAAGGCGUGGAAGGUUACAAAGCCUUUCAAAAAACUCACACCUUAUCUCUUCCUCCUCUCCUCCGGGUAUCGAGUCAUGGCGUCGACGGUGGGAGUUCCAUCUCUUUACCAGGUUCCUCCUCACCUGGAAUUCUCCAAAACCACUUCCAAGAAGAGGUCUGGUUGCUUAGCUCUCUCUCUCAACAAACCCUUCUUCUCUCCCUUCUCUCUCCGUACAACUCGCCUUAUCCACUCCUCUUCCUCUUCCUCCUCUCUCCUCAUCCCUUCCGCCGUCGCGACUCCCAACUCCGUUCUCAGCGAGGAAGCUUUCAAAAGCCUCGGCCUUUCCGACGAAUUCGACCUCGACGGCGACUCCUCUUCCUCCGACGAUGCUGAAGAGCUCGCCAUCUCGAAACUCGGCUUGCCUCAGCGUCUCGGCGAGUCUCUGGAGAAGCGUGGUAUCACUCACCUCUUCCCCAUUCAGAGGGCUGUGUUGGUUCCUGCACUUCAAGGACGAGACAUCAUAGCUCGUGCCAAGACAGGAACUGGAAAGACUUUAGCUUUCGGUAUCCCUAUCAUCAAACGCCUCACUGAACAAGCUGGAGACUACUCUGAGUUCAGGAGGCCUGGUCGUCUUGCUAAGUUCCUUGUACUCGCGCCUACCAGAGAGCUCGCUAAGCAAGUGGAGAAGGAGAUUAAGGAGUCUGCGCCUUAUCUCAGCACUGUUUGCGUGUACGGUGGUGUCUCUUACACCAUUCAGCAGAAUGCUCUGACUCGUGGUGUUGAUGUUGUUGUUGGGACUCCUGGAAGAAUCAUUGAUUUGAUUGAAGGGAGGAGUCUCAAGCUGGGUGAGGUUGAGUACUUGGUGCUUGAUGAAGCUGACCAGAUGCUUGCUGUUGGGUUUGAGGAGGCUGUGGAGUCGAUUCUUGAGAAUCUCCCGCAGAAGAGACAGAGCAUGCUUUUCUCGGCGACUAUGCCUACUUGGGUUAAGAAGUUGGCGAGGAAGUACCUUGACAAUCCCUUGAACAUCGAUCUGGUUGGAGACCAAGAUGAGAAGCUCGCGGAAGGGAUCAAACUCUAUGCAAUCUCAGCCACAUCAACAUCAAAACGCACUAUUUUAAGUGACCUUAUAACAGUGUAUGCGAAGGGUGGGAAGACCAUUGUUUUUACCCAAACGAAAAGAGAUGCAGACGAGGUCUCUCUAGCGUUGUCAAACAGUAUAGCUUCCGAGGCACUUCAUGGAGAUAUCUCUCAGCAUCAAAGAGAGAGAACACUCAAUGGUUUCCGCCAGGGGAAGUUCACAGUACUGGUUGCCACUGAUGUUGCAUCUCGUGGACUUGACAUCCCAAACGUAGAUCUAGUUAUCCACUAUGAACUUCCUAAUGACCCAGAGACUUUUGUGCACCGUUCUGGUCGUACCGGGCGUGCAGGGAAAGAAGGCUCUGCCAUUCUCAUGCACAGCAGCAGCCAGAAGAGAACCGUGAGGUCUCUGGAGCGUGACGUGGGAUGCAGAUUUGAGUUUAUUAGCCCACCAACUGUUGGAGACUUGUUGGAAGCGUCAGCAGACCAUGUGGUGGCCACUCUAAACGGUGUUCACCCUGAGUCUAUUAAGUUUUUCUCAGCAACUGCUCAGAAACUGUUUGAGGAGAAAGGCACAGAUGCUUUAGCUGCAGCUCUGGCUCACCUUAGCGGUUUCUCUCAGCCACCUUCAUCGAGAUCUCUCCUCAGUCAUGAACAGGGAUGGGUGACUUUGCAGUUAAUACGAGAUCCAGCAAACGCUAGAGGCUUCUUGUCUGCAAGGUCUGUGACUGGUUUUCUUUCCGAUGUUUACCGUCCAGCUGCAGAUCGAGUUGGAAAAAUCUUCAUAAUCGCAGAUGAGAGGGUACAAGGAGCUGUGUUUGAUCUACCAGAGGACAUCGCUAAAGAGCUGCUAGAGAAUGAAGUGCCAGAAGGAAACAGUAUAUCCUUGAUAACAAAGUUGCCCCCGCUGCAAGAUGAUGGACCGUCUAGUGAUAACUAUGGACGGUUCUCUAGCAGAGACAGGAUGCCUAGAGGAGGAGGAGGUUCUAGAGGGUCAAGAUUUGGCGGUAGAGGAGGAGGAUCAUCACGAGGACGUGAUAGUUGGGGAGGUGAUGAUGACAGAAGAAGUAGAAGCAGUGGUGGUGGAGGUAGCAGCUGGUCCCGUGGUGGUGGUGGUUCCAGAGGAAGUUCUGAUGAUUGGUUGAUUGGCGGCGGUAGUGACAGAAGAUCAAGCAGCAGAGCUCCUUCUAGGGAGAGGAGUUUUGGAGGUGCUUGCUUCAAUUGUGGAAGUUCAGGACACAGGGCAGCAGAUUGUCCUGACAAGAGAGGGUUUUAAAGCUAAUGGCUCUGUUCUUGAGACAGAGAGAGAUCCUUGUCCCUUUUUGGUGUUCUUAAUGUGAAUUCUUUCAUGCUUGCUUCAACCGUUUGUUUCAAGACGGUAGAGAUUGCAGUCAUGGAGGAUGUAUACUUCGGACAAGGGUUUAUUAUAAGCAUAGUGCAGCAGCAAAGUAAGUAAAGGAGAAGGUUUUCCUCAAUUGGCAUUUUCAGAGAUUGCUUCAGAAACAAGGAAAGCUGAUGGAUCCUUUUUUGUUUUCUUUUAGGUUAUUAUGAUGAUCAGGUUCCAUGUUUCUGAAUUUUGUAUGAUUUCAAGUGGUUAGACAGUCUAUUUACGCUACUCUUAAUUGUUCUGUACGUUUCUAUUAUUAUAUGUGAAUCGUUAUCACAUGUA